UGCAGGCAGCGCUGGGGAGCGGAUACCUCGGGCACGGGCUGCUCGGUGAGGGGGAGCAGCAGGGCCUCGAUGAAGGCCGCUUCCAGCGUGUGCCCGCCUCUCCAGGGUUUGGCCGAGGCCUUUCCGGCCUGUGUCGUGCCUCGUAUUAUGGAGGAUAACGGACCCGUACUGCAGCGUCGCAUCCAGACUCCCUCAUGUGCCGGGCGCCGUGCCUGCGCCUCUGCCCUCCGUCUACAGCAAGCCCGGGGAUGAAGAGCAGCAAAGAAAGGCCGCGGAAUACGUUUUCUCUCUGUGCGUCUCAGAACAUUGCAAGAAACUUGCAUCCCUAAGCUGAGAGUGCCGUCGCAACGCCUGGGAGAUGCCAUCAAUGACACAUUAUCCAAAACGUAUUAAGUGAAAGAGGGGAGCUUAAAGAUCUCUGGUCGUCUGCUAAACGUGAUGACGGCCUGGUCCAUGGUCAGAAAAUUGGAAAUGGAAAAGAAAAAGCCGUCCAAAGAAGAAAGGGCGGCUGCAAACGAGAUGGACUACUCACAGGACCUUGGAGACUGCAGUGAAUCUGAUGAAUGGACCAGCUCCGAGAGUGAAGCAGAACAGCAGGGAGGCAGAAGUGGAAUUGGGAGUUAUGUCAAUACGCUUUUUCAAGGUAUAGACAUUGCAAGUAAGCCACACAGACAGCUUUGUAGGUCACCGUGUUUGGACCGGCCCAGCUUCUCACAGAGCAGCAUUCAAGUUCUGCCGGAGCAGCAACCCAAGCUGGAAGAUACCAAGAGUAUCCGGGACAGGGAAUAUCAAGCGAAGAUGGACUUUGCCCUAAAGUUGGGAUACAGUGGGGACCAAAUCCAAGCUGUCCUCAACAAACUGGGUGCAGACGCUCUUAUCAAUGAUAUCCUGGCAGAGCUGGUGAGACUGGGGAACAAGGGAGAAUCGGAAACGCAGAGCAGCGGAGACGUGGUCAGUAACAACCUUGUACCCAGAGGCCCCUGUACCAAAGAGAUCGCAAGUCCAGAACUAUCUCUAGAAGAUGAAGUUGUUGACAACACAGACAAUCUCCGGCCUAUUGUCAUUGAUGGAAGUAACGUGGCCAUGAGCCAUGGCAAUAAAGAGGUCUUUUCUUGUCGAGGGAUACAGCUGGCUGUGGAAUGGUUUCUUGAGAAAGGACAUAAAGAUAUUACAGUGUUUGUGCCUGCGUGGAGGAAAGAGCAGUCCCGUCCUGAUGCCCCCAUAACUGAUCAAGAGAUUCUCCGCAAACUAGAAAAGGAGAAGAUUUUGGUCUUUACCCCAUCCCGCAGGGUACAGGGCCGCAGGGUGGUUUGCUAUGAUGACCGGUUUAUAGUUAAGCUGGCCUUUGACUCUGAUGGCAUUAUUGUGUCCAACGACAACUACAGAGACCUACAGAAUGAGAAACCCGAAUGGAAGAAGUUCAUCGAGGAACGGCUCCUGAUGUAUUCAUUUGUCAAUGAUAAGUUUAUGCCUCCAGAUGACCCUCUGGGAAGGCAUGGUCCUAGCUUGGAAAAUUUCCUGCGUAAAAAGCCUGUUGUACCAGAGCAUAAGAAGCAACCUUGCCCCUAUGGAAAAAAGUGUACCUAUGGGCACAAAUGCAAGUACUACCACCCUGAGCGAGCGAACCAGCCUCUGAGGUCUGUGGCAGAUGAGCUCCGUAUAAGUGCUAAGCUGUCAGCUGUAAAGACAAUGAGUGAAGGUGCUUUGGUUAAAUGUGGAACUGGUCCAUCUAAUUGCAAGGCAGAUGGGUUCAUUGACACUAAACGUAUAGCUCCCAAAAGACAGUCUGAUCCAAGUAUUCGUUCUGUAGCGAUUGAGCCAGAACAGAGACUUUCAGCAGCCCGCAAGUCAGAGGCCAACUCUGUGCCAUCACUUGUGUCUGCCUUGAGUGUUCCAACACUGCCACCUCCCAAGAGCCACGCUGUAAGUGCUUUGAACACUCGCUCAGCAAGUAGUCCAGUACCAGGAUCAUCACAAUUCUCCCACCAGAAGUCCUCACUAGAACACAUGGCAAGUGUACACUACCCGCCAAUUUUGGUGACCAACAGCCAUGGCAAUUCAGUGAGUUACACUGAGGAUUAUCCAAAAUAUGAGUCCCUUGGAGACCAUGGUUAUUACUCGAUGCUUAGUGACUUUUCCAACCUUAGCAUAAGUAGUAUGCACAACUCGGACUACUACCCCACUGAACAAGACCGGACAGGAUUUUCCAGGAACUCCAGCCCAUGUCCUGACAGCUGCAUGAGCCACACUAGUAGCGAUUCAUACUCUUCUUACAGUGACCUCUAUUUGGGGAUCACAGAACAAGGUCCUGAGGAAACUAUGAAGCCCCAAAGACCCCCACAGAGUAGGCUGCAGCCAUUUGUACAUGGCUAUCAUGAAGCACUUACUCGAGUGCAGAGCUAUGGACAGGAAGAACCCAUGCAAAGGCCUCGUAAGCAGUCAUCGUCACAUUUGGCUCUUCAUAUUCAACAUCCUCUAGUAGGAGCAAGGUCCAGUUGCCCAGGGGAUUAUCCAGCGCCGGAGAGUAUGCAUCCCACUGCCAAUUCCCAGCCUGGUAGAGCUUUAGUGAUGACCCGAAUGGAUAGCAUUUCUGACUCUCGUCUUUAUGAAAGUAACCCAAUGCGGCAAAGGAGACCACCAUUGUGCCGAGAGCAGCAUGCCAGUUGGGACCCUUUACCAUGCCCCACAGACUCGUAUAGCUACCACUCAUACCCACUGAGUAAUAGUCUGAUGCAGCCCUGCUAUGAACCAGUGAUGGUAAGGAGUAUGCCAGAGAAGAUGGAACAGCUCUGGAGGUCACCACACUGGCCACUUAUGGCCAGCGAACCCAGAGAGCAACACAUCAUUCCUGAGCAUCAGUAUCAGACAUACAAGAACUUGUCCAACAUCUUUCCACCAGGGGUGGUGCUCUCGGUCAUGGAGAAAAACCCCCACGUGACGGAUGCACAGCAGCUUGCAGCUGUCAUUGUGUCAAAGUUGAGAUCUGGUCAUCACCACUGUUAAUUCCCACCUAUAUCGUCUGGACAAUAGUAUCUAUUGAUCAAGUUGCCUGAAUAAAACCUGGCAGUGUUCUACACUUUUUUUUUUUUGCUUACUUGGAUGACCUAGCUGAUAGUUUUCCGCCACCAAGUAAUCCACGUAUUGGACACUACACACUUUUACCGUAUUUAUUUUCUUUUUUUAAGCUACACUUUGUGAUCUUUACAGCAUUCCUGGAGGAGUGCAUAUUUUAUUGUAUAGAUAUAUUUAUCCCUGCUAAACCUGCAUGACAGGUUAAACCUCAGUUCCUUGGGGGGUAAGGUCACUUGUUCCUAUUCUUAAUAAAGAGGAUGGAAGGGUCGGUUCUGCUGCUCUGAUGCUGGAGUUCCCAGCGCGUCAUCAAAGCACAUGAGAUGCUUGCAUUAUGUUGUCUCUUCAGCUGUUCAUAGAAGCACCGAUUCAUAUUGUUAGCAAUUAUAUUGCAUGCCUCCUUGUGUACUUGCAGUUUGAUUCAGUAUAAAUGUGUGUAGAGAUAGGUGUCUCUAUCUGUGUAUAGUUUUAUCUUGACCUAGUGAUUUACAAAUAGGGCGUCUUUGACUGCACAAAGACACUGAAUUCCUGGCCACUUGGAUCUGUUUGUACCGCACUACAUCUUUUACAGACUGUAUAUGUACAGCAGGUAUACGUUAGUCUUUUUGUUAGGUUCCUGCCAUGACAAGUAGUCAGUCAUCUGUCAUACCUCCGUAAUAGCCAUAUGCCUCUAAAUGCCAUCACUAAGUGAAGUGGUUUUGUGCUGGAAACAUGAACUACGGCCUACUUCUUUUAAGGGGUCAAAUUCAAAUAAUUUUUUAAAAGUUAGACUGAAAUCCUACAUGGAGAAACCCGAAAUGUACUGAUUUUGAACUGUAAAAUCUUCACGUACCAGAUACAUCUACAAGGCUCCAGCUCGUGGGCCAGCAGCCUUCAGCCCUCUAACUGUUGUGGAACUACAGUUCUAGUAACUCUCCUCGAAGUGUAUGGAGCAUGCUGGGAGUUGUAGUUUCACAACCGCUGGAGUGUCAGAGGUUGCUCACCCUUGCUCUAGCUCUACGUCAUGACCGUAUCCACCACUGUGGAGAAUUAGGUAUGAAUUAGGCUGGUUAUUUUAGUCUAUUUUAAUAGACAUGGCAGACUGCGGUUUGUAUGUCGUCAGGAAAGGUGAGGAGAAUGUCUCCUUGUAGAGCAUCUCUUCUGACAAUGAAGAUGUAGUAGAUGCAUGGUGUUUUUUCUUUUCUAAAUAUAAUUUUCAUGGUUGAUCGUUUCUGAAAAAGAUUUGAAAAUGUCAGUGAUGUUAGGUGUGAGUCACCAGAGAGAGACAGCCAUCAUUAUGUGACCUUUCUAUUCCUUAGCUUACGAGAGGUGUAACUCACGUUCCCACUUCUUUCCAGCAGGUACUGGAUCCAUUUAGAGAAAUGGGUUUCGCUCUAUUGGGAAAAGGAUUAGAUUUUUUGGAGAAAACAACACUGCAGAUCGCAUUCCCUGGCCGGGUGUUUUCUUGGUUGUCUUUUGCUGCACUCAGGUUUCUGACCCUUAGCACUAAUUUAUUUAAUUUUUUUUUAAGGAACCCAUUGUAUAAUGUUUUAAAGAUGUUGAGGCCGCUCCCAGCCAGAUCCUUGCGCUGUGGACUUUAGUCGGCUUCAGUUUUUUUUCAUGAAAGUGUAGAAGGGCCACACUUAGAGCCCUUUGUUUCUUCAUGAGAAGGUGAUAACUGCCUACACGUUUCUUACUGUGAAACAAACGGAACGUCAGGCUGCCGUCAGGGUUUUCUCUGGCUUUCUGAGGAACGGGUCUUCGGCUGCUCUAAAUAUUGUUCAUCCCACCACGGAGUCUAGGUGGCAGCACUUUAUUGCCCAUAUUUCAUUGUAAUAUUGAAGUCAGGUAGAGCCAAAAUGACCCAACUCUUUGAGAAGGCCACCUUCUUAUCCAGACCAGAUUUCAGUUCCACAACAUAUAGUGCAUACUGGCCAUCUCUGAGAAAACCACCCUCUAGAAGACCACUUGCCAAUGCAAUUUGAGGGGGAUUGGUUGACACCAUGAGGUUUCACCGUAUUUUUUAAACAUUUACAGGCUGUAAGAAGUACUACAAGGUUGUUGUGGUUUAUAAUCGUCUACCGUAGCCCGGCAGUAGUAGGAUAGAGCCGCUGCAGGCUUGUCUCUCCAGCAGCCAAACACAAUGCAGCUUUGACUACUCAGAUUGUAAUUAUUAUAAAUGACUUGAUCCUCAACGGAUGAGAUUUUCUAAAUAAAUGUCAGCAUUGGAUUCAGUCUGUGUGCAAGACAUAGUGAAUUAUUUUUGCUGCAGAAAUAGCCUGACAUUCACAGCAAAUACAGAGAGAUAUCUGUGAUGAUAGGGCAGGCUACAUUGCUGGGGGGGAGGGGGGCGUUUGCUGUAGAAUCCAAAUCCAUCAAAAAUGUGCUGCAUGGGCCCAUGGCCUAAAUAUACAAUCCCAGCGGUGCUGAUAAUGUAUGUCAGCAUGGAUCAGAGUCUGUAGAUUCUUGCACCAGGUUGUUUUUGCUGUUAUCCAUAAAAUGCAGCAGUCUGCAUCUCUAUCAUCAUCAGGUAUUUUUUUUUUUUUUUUUUUUUGCAACUGUCCCAUUCAAGUUGAAUCCAUGUAUAUUUGUCAGAAACAACCACAUAUACUUGUAUAGAUCUGAUUUUCAGUCCUAGAAAUUUUGAAUAUAACCUAAGGGCCCGUUCACACUGCUUAACUUCGGGGGGGGGGACGGGACACAGUGCCAAAAGUCUUGCUGCGGUGGUGUCUGCCUCCCAUUGGUGCUGCCUGUUCAUAGUCCCUUCUUGGCACGGUGUGUGUGGACAGUCGCUGCUUGAAGCUGUCCAUUCAAUGAAGCUAUGCCACUAGCGGGGUCCAUCCGCAGUGCAGCGAAAAAUCCACUGUGUGAACGUACCCUAAAAACAGCCGCAUCAAGGGAGACUGAUUUAAAAAGGCUGGUAUUACCCAAUGGGUACUUACAUGUGUGUGUGUGCGUGCCCAUUGCUGUACUCCCAUAUUGAUUAGAGUAGCUGAGGGCACCUACCGCACCAGAUUGUGAAUUGCAUUCACUAUUUCUAUCUUAACGCAU